UGGUCUGUAUUUUGUGAUUGCGAAAAUAUUAGACUGGUUUAGAUUCUGUGAUUGCGAUGGACAGUAAGAGGUCGACUGUGAAUUAAAUUUAAAAUAUAUCCAAAAUAUCAGCCAAGUAUACGGUUACAAGGUGUCCUCCAUGCAGUAUUGGACUUGCCAGUGUUUUUCUUUCCAUGAAUUGCACUUCUCAUUUUUGAUCUGCAAGGUGUAUGUGCAAAAUUGUUUCUACAGUUGUACAAUGUCUUUGAGGCCAAGGAGGGUGAAUUUUAAUGAGAUGUGGGUUGGUCUUCAAGAAACUGUAAAAGGAGUUAUAACACUUGAUAAUGUUCCUAGAGCAACAUGGAAUUCACACUUCAGUGAUAUAUAUGCCAUGUGUGUGGCAUAUCCAGAACCAUUCGCAGAUAGACUAUAUCAGGAAACAAAGUGCUUUCUUGAUAACCAUGUGAAAGUCCUCCUUGAGAAGGUGCGAGCAAAUGGAGAAGCUAAUCUUCUUAAAUGUUACCAUCAAGCAUGGGUUGAAUACAGUACAGGAAUUGGAUAUCUACAUUGUCUUUACCUAUAUCUGAAUCAGCAGCACAUUAAGAAGCAGAAAUUAUCAGAUGCAGAAGUAAUUUAUGGCACCCUUGGACCUGAUACUCAGGAGCAGAUGGAGAUUGGAGAACUAGGACUAGAAAUCUGGAAGAAGAACAUGGUGGAACCAUUGAAGGAGAACUUAGUUAAUUUACUCCUUGAAGGAAUCCAUUAUGAUCGUCUAGGCGAAGCAAGCCCGAACAUUACUGAUAUUGUUCAAGGAGUAAUCAACUCAUUUGUUAGCGUUGAGGAUUACAAAAGGAAAGGAAAACUAGAGCUGUAUCAGGAAAUAUUUGAGGCACCUUUUCUACAGGCAAGUGGUGAGUACUACAAGCGAGAAGCAAGUAAAUUGCUACAGGAGUGUGAUGUAAGUCAGUACAUGGAACGAGUUAUCCAACGACUAGAAGAAGAGACACUUCGGAGCAACAAGUUUCUACAUUCUAGUUCAUUUGAUAAAGUAAAAGCUCGCUGUGAACAACAUAUGGUGGCAGAUCAUUUGGCUUUCCUACAUGGUGAGUGUAAGGCAAUGGUGCGAGAGGAGAGAUGCAAAGAUCUGUCCAAUAUGUACCCACUGCUCCGAUCAGUGAAAGAUGGCAUUGGUGUACUGAUAGUAGAGCUUCUUGAACACAUAAAGGCACAAGGACUGGAGACUGUAAGAGGACUUAAAGGUGAUAAUGUCCAUAUUCAGUUUGUUGAGAAUAUGUUGUCUGUUCACAAGAAGUACAAGGAAUUAAUUCAGGAUGUUUUUAAUGGAGAUCAGAGCUUCAUAGGUGCCCUUGACAAGGCCUGUGCUUCUGUUGUUAAUCAUCGACCGAACCCCAAAAUGGCCUGCAGGUCUCCUGAAAUGCUUGCCAAAUACUGUGAUUCGUUACUGAAGAAAUCUUCGAAAGGUAUCUCUGAAAGUGAAAUAGAUGAAAAACUAGCUCAAAGUAUAACUAUCUUCAAAUAUAUUGAUGAUAAAGAUAUAUUCCAGAAGUUUUAUGCCCGUAUGUUAGCCAAGAGACUGAUACACUCUCAGAGUCAAUCCAUGGAUGCAGAGGAGGCCAUGAUAAAUCGACUUAAGCAAGCAUGUGGAUAUGAAUUCACUAAUAAACUACACCGGAUGUUUACCGACAUGUCUGUGUCGUCUGAUCUCAAUAAUAAGUUCAACAGCUUUCUGAAAUUGGACAAUAUAGAUCUAGGAAUCAGUUUCUCCAUAUACAUCCUUCAGGCUGGAGCAUGGCCACUGGGACAGAAUUCAGUAACGCCAUUUGCUGUACCACAGGAACUUGAAAAGUCUGUUCAAAUGUUUGAGAAUUUUUAUCAUAAUCACUUCAGUGGAAGAAAGCUCACGUGGUUACACCAUUUAUGUCAAGCUGAACUGAAGCUUAGUUACCUGAAGAAGCCAUACCAGAUCACAAUGCAGACGUUCCAGAUGGCCAUUCUACUUCUCUUUGAGAAGACUGAUUCUCUUACCUGCAAGGAAGUUCAAGAGUCUCUCCAGUUGAACUCAGAACAGUUUGGCAAACAUCUCAUGUCAUUAAUAGAAUCCAAGAUCCUAUUAGCGAAUACAGAGGCACCGACUCCUGAAACAGUCUUGACUUUGAAUUUUGAGUACAGCAACAAACGGACAAAGUUUCGGAUCACAGCAGCUCUACAACGAGAAAGUCCUCAAGAAGUGGAACAGACGUUGUCAUCUGUGGAUGAGGACAGGAAAUUGUAUCUACAAGCAGCCAUUGUUAGGGUGAUGAAAAGUAGAAAAAUUCUGCGGCACAAUGCUCUCAUUCAAGAGGUACUGAGCCAGUCAAAAGUGACAUUUGCCCCAUCCAUCAGCAUGAUCAAGAAAUGUAUUGAGGCUUUAAUUGACAAACAGUACAUCGAGCGAACACCUAACUCUGCUGAUGAAUACAGCUAUGUGGCGUAAUGGAGAAGUACUCAUACAGAGACAAAUGGGACAUUAUCAUACACAACCAUAGCAGUGGCCAGCACUAUAAUUAACUUCAUCCCAACAUAAUUGCAGUCUGUGGCAAGAGGAGGGAGUGGGAAGAACACAUGUGAGAUUGAGAAAAAAAGAAAAUACUCUGUUGAACAUUGUUCAUUAUUUAAUUUCAGUUUCAUUGUAUUAUUCAUUUUGCACAAAAUAAGUAAUAUGCAUGAUUUUGUCAUUGACGUGGACUCAGAUGGUGGCUGUUGAUUGCUGUGAUGUAAUGAGAGGCUGAUAUAUUCCCAAAAGAUGCCUCCUCAAGCUGCACAUUUUGAUCUGUCUUAUUGAUAAUAAUAAUUAGUUUCAUCAGUUUUUAUCUUCCCUUAUUCCAGUUCCUUUUAUUAUUCCAAAUUACUGUAAAUAUGUCGUGUAUCAUUGUUCUUUGAGAUUCUGAUCUCUGCUGUAAACCUUUCUCAUCUUCCAGUUAUUCUGCUUCAAACUAUAACCCCGAACAUUUCUUAUAGCCAUUAUUUUCUUAAUGUCAAAAUUUACUUUUAAUUUAAAAGAAUAUAACAAACUUAACUUACAAAUUGCCCUGUUUUCUGCUUUCUGUUACUCCAGAAAAUAAUUUCAUUGUUGAAAUGGGAUAAUGAUGAUGAACAUUUCCUAAACUGAGUUUAAGUUUUGAACAUUGGUGAUCUCACAUAUAAGUGUAAGUCUUGGACAAGUGUUUUCACAUUUGAGUGCAAGUCUUGGAGAUUAUUAGGUGUGAACAAAUAAAUAUACAGAUGGAUAACAGAAACAAGCAGCAGCCAGGUCCAUGGAAACAGAAAGUACAGUAUGCAUUCAGUUUCAUGAAGUCAUCAUUACAAGAAGCUGAGGAUACAAUAAAACUCGCUGUUUCAAAUUUGGUAUAGAAAUUGCAUCUUAAUUGGACUAAGCAUUAAUUUGAAAUGUCAGUAAUGUGUGUAAAGAAAGUAACAGUCUUCCUUGAUAUUUGUUGUGUGAUUGAUCGUAAUAAAACUUGAGUUUUACUGAGUUGCAAUUUUGCAUGUUUGGAAUAAUUUUAUAGUCAGAUGUUAAGAAGGUUUGUUUAUUUCAAAAAUAUGAUGUGUAAGGGAUAGAAUAUCAACUAAAAUGCCUUGAUAUGAGGAAAAUAAAACUGUCUUCUUAAAACAUUUUAAUUCUUCUUUUCUCAGACAGUUGCAUUCAAGGAUGUUCUUCAUUAGGUCACAAUUUUAUACCAGUUUUAUUCUUGAUUAUCUAUCCCAUAUUUUUCACAGCUCUUUGAAUUUGUAAUUUAGCUAAUCUCAGUUUAUUUUGUUUAACUGUUUUCAGAUAAUAGGAAAAUUAAAGUUAUAUUGCUUGGCAGUUUGUUGCAUUGAUUAAGGAAAUCAACCAAUAUUUUUGUAUCACAUUGUUGAAUCUUGAAGUGUAAAUAAUGCAGUAAAAGUGGCAACUCUUUUGGCAUCUGAAUGCAGGUUGGGCUUGUGUUAUGUCAUUUAGUUGGUGUUCAGCAAAGUUAUGUCAUCAGGAAAUGAGUUUGCUGUGUUUUGUAAAGUAUAAUGUUUUCUUAAGUGAAACUGGUGAUUUUUAUGAUUGACAUUGUCCUCAGCCGUUGCACUAUAUAGCAUAUAGGUAAAAUUAGGAUUGAUUUCCAUCAAGUGCAACAGUAUUUUUCAGUAAUAAAAUAGAGCUUUCACAUGUUUCGGCCACAACACACACCACCACCCUGCCCAUACACACAGGACCAACACAAUAGAGGUAUGAAAAAUCAUUAAUUAUUAGUGGCUGGUACAUUCA